GAGCAGGAGUCGCUCAUGCAGCCAUGGCCCGGGCUCGCGUGUCGCUCUGGGUCAUCUGUGUGCUGCGCGUGGCACUGGCCACUGUGUACUUCCAGGAGGAGUUUCUAGACGGAGAGCGCUGGAGGAACCGCUGGGUGCAGUCCACCAAUGACUCCCAGUUCGGCCACUUCAGAGUUUCAUCGGGGAAGUUCUAUGGGCAUGUAGAGAAAGACAAAGGCUUGCAGACAACCCAGAACAGCAGAUUCUACGCCAUCUCUGCCAGCUUCAAGCCAUUCAGCAAUAAAGGGAAGACCCUGGUGAUCCAGUACACAGUGAAGCAUGAGCAGAAGAUGGACUGCGGUGGUGGCUACAUCAAGGUGUUUCCUUCUGACCUGGACCAAAAGAAUAUGAAUGGGAAGUCUCAGUACUACAUCAUGUUUGGACCUGAUAUUUGUGGAUUUGAUAUCAAGAAAGUUCAUGUUAUCUUAUAUUUCAAAAACCAGUAUCAUUCAAAUAAGAAGACAAUCAGAUGCAAGGUUGACGGCUUCACCCACCUCUACACCCUGAUUUUGAGGCCAGAUCUUUCUUAUGAGGUGAAAAUCGAUGGCCAGUCCAUUGAGUCAGGCAGCAUUGAGUAUGACUGGCACCUGACAUCGCUGAAGAAAAUGGAAAAGACAUCAGCCGAGUCUAGAGACUGGGAUCAAGUGGAAGGUGACAAAGCCCAGGAUUGGGAAAAGCACUUUCUGGAUGCAGGCGCCAGCAAGCCAAGCGAUUGGAACAGUGAGCUGGAUGGGGACUGGCUGCAGAAGCCACCAUACCAGGAUGGCCUGAAAGCUGAGGGCAUAGAUAAAGAUGUGUGGCUCCACCGAGAGAUGAAGCCUGCCAGCUAUCUGACGCAGUACGACCUCUCAGAGUUUGAGAACAUUGGUGCCGUCGGUCUGGAGCUAUGGCAGGUGAGAUCUGGAACCAUCUUUGAUAACUUCCUGAUCACAGAUGAUGAAGAAUAUGCAGAGAAGUUUGGCAAGGCCACCUGGGGAGAGACUAAGGGUCCAGAAAAGGAGAUGGAUGCCAUACAGGCCAAGGAAGAAGUGAAAAAAGCCCGAGAGGAGGAUGAGGAGCUGCUGGUAGGGAAGUUUCACAGGCACAACAGCCAUUUCAGCAGAUUCCACAGGCAAGGUGAACUGUAGUCGUCCCCACAGUGCAUGCAGAGGACUGGCCCAGCCUCCCUGCUAAUACACAUCUGAACGAUCACA